UUCGUUAACGCGAAAAUGUAUUUGAUAUCAUCAAUUAAGUAACUCUUCAGAACAUUAAAAAUUAAAAAGGAAAGAAAAAACUGUUUUAAUGCUUUUAUCAGAUUUUUUCCUAACCUAAAGUUUUUAUCAGAUGAAUAAAAGGAAAACAAUAGUUUCAAGAUUCCAAGUUGUCAAACAUCAGCAAAUGUCUUUGUAGUUCGUACCAUGUUGUGGAUGUGGUUAGGUCGGUAGUGGAAGAUUUCAGCGGGACAAUUCCGUUUUGCUCUCGGAAUGUACAAAGCUGAUGAGAUUAGGAUAACCAUCGAAGGCGGCGAAUUUUAAAUUUAAGCUGUUGUCCGAUAUUUGAUGUUGCCAAUCGCCACAUUCUAUUUCAUUGAUCAAACACACUGUGUAUCUCUUCCUUUUGGUCUAGGGUUCCUCUGUUUCCUUUAAGAUUUUUUUAGCGCUUCCGUCUCUAUUUAUACUUCCAUUAGGAGCAAUGGCGAAGAAGAGAGGAACACCCGAGAAGAAGAGCCAAAAGAUAAUCCCAACUGACUGUAUCCCAAACCAUUCUCAACAGCGCAGAAGCACACCACCAAAACGCCGCACUGAUUUCUCUGUGUUUAUGCGCAAUUCUGCUUCUCUCUCCAACCCAGUUUCUUCACAUGGUUCAUCUUCUGGAGAAGUCAGAUUGGACAGUGUCUCUGCAAGCAGUGUACACGAGGAUAGAAUGAAAGAAGAACAAUUCCCUGAAGGUACACUUGUUAAAUGCAGUGGUUUCUAUAGGGAUGAAAAUCUUGAUGUUCCAGUGACUGAAGUUGAAUCAGUUGUCCGAGAUGAAGCUCUUGACGUUGGCAGCAAUAGGGAUGGUCAACAAGGAAAAAAUAGCACCCUCAAGAUAUCAGAAUCCACAUCACAGGAGUCACCUGUUACUUACAGCAAUUGCAUUACUAUAACCCCAGGGAGUGUUGUAUGGGCAAAAACAUCUUGUCAAGUGUGGUGGCCUGCGGAGAUCAUGGAAGAAAGACCCACCUUAGCAGGCCAGGUCUCUGAUAGACAUGUCUUGGUGCAGUUUUAUGGGAAUCAACCCUGUGCUAGGAUUGACCCAGCGAAAGAUCUUUCAGCAUUUGAGGAUGUGAGUUUGUCUUAUGAAGAAAGGAGCAGUAACCCUGCAAAAGAUUUCCAAGAUGCUCUAGAACAAGCUUUGCAGAGGAAGGAACAACUUAGUUCGUGCAGAAAGUUGAGUCCCCAAGGUACUGUUCACUCGGAUCUGCAAGAUCACUCAUGUGAAAAAUGGACUUCAUCAGCCUCGAGCAAAACAAUAGAUGAUUUAAAGGAGAGAGGAAGGGGUAAAAGAGAACGCAAGCGCAAACUUCAUUUUGAUGAGGUGGCAUCUCCUCCAAAGUCAGAAAGAAAGGCUCGCCGGUUAAAGAUAAUGCGAUACCUGGGCCUUAUUGCUCCGGUUGGUUCUCCAUAUUGGAAGUGACUGCCACUCAUGUACAUACGACGUUUUGGGCCCUUGCUUCUCAAUUGGGCCAUUCUUUUUUUACUACUAAUGUGAUAGUGUAUGUUUCAAGAGUUCCAUUCUUCUGACUCACUCGUUUCACUGCGCAGCGUUUUCAGGAUUACUUGGUUUUAUUUAAUCGUUUCUUGUAAAAUCCUUUUUUGAUUGCUUCAUUUCUCGUAGU